AAUUCAGGUGGCAGAUGACAAUUCAAAAUAGAAUGCAAUAUAUUGCAGUAAUUAGUAGCUUGUGUUUUACUGGCUAAAGUUACUUUUUCCAUAUUAACAUUGCAUUCUAUGUUUUGUCAUUGUGCAAAUAAAACUUUUGCACUUUCAUUUGUUAUUUAAAAUUUCUUGUUGCAAGCUAAGCGUACAUGUCUAACAAAUGCUUCCAAAAAGUGGUGGGAACAAAAUCAGCUGUUUAAAAGAAUGGUGGGAACAUGUCCCCAAUGACACCUAUGGCUCCAUCACUGCUGGUCAAAGAUUCUCUAAGUCUUCAAAAGAUAUUCCCUCAUUUUGAUUGUGUUGGUGGAGAAUAACUCUUUUCUCAGUUAGGUUGAGUUGAUUUUAAGGCAAUGUAGAAUGUGAUAAUUGUCAAAGCUUAUGGAUCUUGAAAUAUAACAGCAAUAUUAUUCUUUGUAGGUUUUACAAAGAGCUUUGAUGAGGAUUAUCAACUAGACACAAUUAGCAGUAAUAAGGAUGAGGUUCUAGACACAGUCCUUUUAUAUACAGUAUGCUGGAUGUUUGAGGGUAUGUAGUAGUAAGGGAUUAGUCCCACAAGAUGAUGCUGUUUUACUAUUGUCAGUUUGAUGAAUGCCCUGAUUGUUUGGGCAGCAUGUAUUGUACAUAUCAUGGGAAUGAGUCCAAAGGUAGACAUAACACAAAUGUGAUCUUGAAACAAACAAAACAAAUUGAAGGCCAUUCCUUAACAUUGUAGAUCAAAUCAAUGUGAGAAAUUCCCAAGGCUAAUGCUUUUUGAAGGCCACAGUUUUAGGUGAGUCUCGUACUUUGAACACUUGGAAACAUAUAAACACUCAGAUAUUGCUAUCUCUAUCCUCAAAGUCGAAAUCUAAAUCUAUAUAAAUUUUCAUUUUCAUUUUACAGAUAAAAAAGGGUUUUAUAUUGAAUUAAUAAACACUCAUUUUUAAUUCAGGUUCUUUCAACUUUUCCUCUCCUCUCCUUUGUCUCAACCUUCUUUGUUUCAGGCAGCAUAUUUGUAGUAACACCCAUUUCCUCACUAUUAAACACCCAACCAGGAAUACUGGUUUUACAUUGAGAGUAAACCACAUAGCUAACAUUCUGUCCCACACACCGUCAGUCACCCAGUUUCACUGGAGCUGUUUCAGGAACUCAUUUUCUCUGUGGAUACAUCGUCCUGCUCACUUUUUGUUGAGGCUUUUCUUUAGCUGUUGAUCUCAACCCAUUUUAGUGACAGGUUAACGCUUCGUUGCUGAGCUAAAUCACCUCUGGGUUUUAAUUUUGCUGGACCUCUUAUUAUUUAGCUCCUGGUAAAAAUGUCCCAGCCUAACUCUCUGGAUUUAGACAGAUACAACAGCACAGAGAGAUCUCGUCGCUCUACCAGUCGUAGCCAGUCCAGGGGGCCCAGGGCCCAGGCCAAGUAUGGGGAUGUCCUGUGUGACUUCUGCACAACAAGUAAGCAGAAGGCAGAGAAGUCGUGCUUGGUGUGCCUGGCAUCCUACUGCGAGACCCACAUCCUGUCUCACUAUGAGUACCCCGCCAUGAUGAAGCACAAACUGGUCAAAGCAACAGGUCAGAUGAGAGAGAAGAUCUGUGCACAGCAUGACAAGCUGCUGGAAGCUUUUUGUCGCACGGAUGAGACAUCAGUGUGUGUUCUGUGCAUGAUGGACGAACACAAACACCACGACAUCGUCCCGGCUGGAACUGAGAGGACCGAGAAACAAAAACAACUUGGUACCACGCUGCACAAGUCUCAACAGAGGAUUGACCAGAGGGUAAAAAAAUGGCAGGAUCUCCGACAAGCUGUUGAAUCAGUUAAACACUCAGCUCUGACGGUACUAGAGGAGAACGAACGCAUCUUCACUGAGCUUCUGCUUUCCAUAGAGAGGAAACACAAUGAAGUCAAGGAGAUGAUCCGUUCCCACGAAAAGACCACCGUGACACGGGCAGAGAUACUGCUCAACCGCUUGGAGGAAGAGAUCACUCUGCUGAGGAAGAGACACACUGACCUGGAGAAGCUCUCACAUACUGAUGAUCACAUACACUUUCUACAGAGCUGGCAGUCCCUGUCAGGCCCCUCAGGAUAUGAAGACCUCAACAACAUCAGCGUUGCUCCCAAUUACUCCUUUGAUGCCACCAAGAGAGCCAUUGCUUCACUGAAAUUACAAGUAGAGGAAGUUAGCAAAACAGAAAUGAGCAAAAUCAUAGGAGCAGGUGAACAAAUUUGUCUUUCUAACUCUCACAUGGCGUUGAUGUCUCUCUGUAGAGGGGUUCCCAUCAGGAGCGGUGUUUUAGGUUGCUGUCGCUUUGACAAAGCUUAUGCGGCCAUGUGUUUUCUUAACUGUCUCUUCAUAGUGAAGGAAGUCUACGUCACGCAAGAAGGUGAGACAAAGACGAGGAGAGAGUCAAUUUUGAGGGAAGCACCAAAGACAAGAAAAGAAUCAAAGACAUGGGAAGAAUCAAAGACAUGGGAAGAACCGAAGACAAGAGAAGAUUUCAUGAAGUACUCCUGCCAGUUGAUUCUGGAUGUCAACACUGUCCACCCAAACCUUCACCUCUCUGAGGGUAACCGAACAGCUACGAUGAAGAGUGAGCCUAAGAACUACCCUGAUCACCCAGACCGAUUUGACCACUGGCAGCAGGUGUUGUGCAGAGAGAGCGUGACUGGGGCUCGUUGUUACUGGGAGGUGGACUGGAGGGGAACAGAGGUGGACGUGGCUGUUACCUACAGGGGAAUCCGUCGUAAAGGAAAUGGCAAUGAAUGCAGCCUGGGCUGGAACGACAAGUCGUGGAGUCUGUACUGCUCUGAUUCCAAAUUCUCCUUUGUGCACAAUAAUAAGAGCAAAGAUAUUGCAGCUCCAAUCUCAUCACGUAUUGGCGUCUACGUGGAUCAUGCUGCAGGAACACUUGCAUUUUACAGUGUCUUGGAUGGCAUGAAGCUUCUGCACAGAGUCCAGACAACAUUCACAGAGCCCCUCUACCCUGCGUUCAGUGUGUGGGGCUUUGGUACUAGUAUAAGACUUUAGAAGAAUAAUGUUAGUAAUUUGCAUCAAAGUUACUCAAUAUUUUCAAUAAAGAUGUAAAAUUUGAAUUGCUCGUUUUUCUUUACCAUUUGCUAAAGGUUUUUUUCCCUAAUGUAUGAUUGUAUGUGUGUUUUAAACAAUUCAAUUGAGCUGUUUUUGUUAUUUUGGUCACUGAUUGUUGUUUUAGGGCACUCUAUCUGAAGAGAUGAUAACAAAAUGUGUCAGUUUUAAGUAGGAUAAAUAUGCAAUACUUGAUAAUCAUGUUAUUUUCUCGAUGUCUCACAUCUUUUUUUCUGUUAUUGUUAAAGCAUGUCACAUAGGUUACUGGUUUGUUAUAAAUGCUAUCUGUGAAAUAAAAUCACUGUUUCUAAAACCCCCAAAGAAUCACUGAUUUAUCUGGCACAUAAAAAAUGGAUUUGCACAAGACAGCUUUCACAGAUCCUGUUAAAAAUAAACCACAUUAUGUGCAGAGUGGCUCAACA